AUGUCGGCCAUGAAUGUCAUCAAUGGCAUGCCAGCGCCUCCAGCGUUGUGGCAGGAAGCCAGGAAUGCCGACGGUAGAGUCUAUUACUAUAAUGUCCAGACCAAGGCUACCCAGUGGACAAAGCCACUGGAGCUGAUGACUCCUGCAGAGCGCGCUUUGGCAAAUCAACCAUGGAAAGAAUAUACCGCGCAGGGCGGGCGAAAGUAUUGGUAUAAUACGGAGACCAAGCAGAGUUCAUGGGAGAUGCCUGAUGUUUACAAAGCUGCACUUGCUCAGCAACCUCCUCAGCGACCUACACCUGCCGCCCCAACCUUCGUCGCUGGCGGUACCUCCUCAUUUCCAACCUAUCACCAGCAUCGUGAUCGUGACCGUGACCGUGAUCGUGACCGUGACGACCAUGAUCGGAGCGCACCAGAUCGACGUGGUGGGUUUGGCGCACCUGAUACAAAUGGUAUGGUAGCCUCAUCCGCCGUUAAAACCGAGCAGAACGAACCAGAAUACGCCAGCUUCGAGGAGGCCGAGGCUGCAUUUAUGAAGCUGCUACGGCGCAGCAAUGUCCAACCGGACUGGACAUGGGAGCAGACAAUCCGGUCGAUUAUCAAGGAUCCUCAGUUCCGCGCCCUGAGAGACCCAAGGGACCGCAAGGCGGCUUUCGAGAAAUAUGCCGUUGAGGUUCGCAUGCAGGAAAAGGAUCGCGCCAAAGAGAGACUGGCUAAACUCCGCACAGAUUUUGGUACGAUGCUAAGAAGCCAUCCGGAAAUCAAACACUACUCACGAUGGAAGACGAUUCGACCCAUCAUCGAAGGGGAGACGAUUUUUAGAUCGACCAGUGAUGAGAAUGAGAGGAGGCAGCUUUUUGAGGAGUAUGUUCUCGAGCUUAAGAAAGAGAAUGCCGAAAAGGAAAUUGCGGCACGGAAGGCGGCCAAGGAGGACCUUGCGGAUAUUCUGAAGGCCUUGGAACUGGAGCCGUAUACCAGAUGGGCAGAGGCGCAGGGGAUUAUCCAGUCGAAUGAAAGGGUUAGGAAUGAUGAUAAGUUCAAAGCCCUGACUAAAUCGGAUAUUCUAACUGCUUUCGAAAACCAUAUCAAAACUCUUGAACGCAAUUUCAAUGAUGCCCGUCAGCAGCAGAAGACUAACAAGGCGAGGAGGGAGCGCAAGAAUAGAGAUCAGUACAUUGAGUUACUGCAGGAGUUGAGGAAGCAAGGGAACAUCAAAGCUGGCAGCAAAUGGAUGAAUAUUCUUCCCUUAAUACAGGAUGAUCCUCGAUAUAUCACAAUGCUCGGCCAACCAGGGUCUACGCCUUUGGAUCUUUUCUGGGAUAUCGUGGAAGAGGAGGAGAGAGCUCUGAGAGGCCCGAGAAAUGAUGUGUUGGAUGUUCUAGAUGAUAAACGAUAUGAGGUUACACCAAAGACUACAUAUGAAGAAUUCAACGAAAUCAUGGCUACUGACCGACGCACCGCCGGAAUCGACCGUGAUACACUCCAACUCAUCUUCGACCGCAUCAAGGAAAAAGUCCUUCGCCGCACCGAAGACGAGAAACAUGCUGCAGACCGCCACCAGCGCCGUGCCAUCGACGCGCUCCGCUCCCGCAUCAAACAUCUCGACCCCCCAAUCCGCGCCUCCGACACCUGGGACCAAGUAAAACCCCGCGUCGAGAAGUCAGAGGAAUACCGCGCCCUUGACACGGACGACCUGCGCCGCACUGCCUUUGAUAAAGUCAUCCGCCGUCUGAAGGAGAAGGAAGAAGACGCUGAACGAGAUCGUGACCGCGAAAGAGACCGUGAGCGCGACCGCGAGCGCACCAACAGCCGUCGUGAUCAUUAUGAUCGCUCUGACCGUGACCGUGAGCGCGAUCACAAUUAUCGCAAUGGUCACUUGUACCGAGGCGAGCGACGGGGGACAACAGCAAGCCGCCUCAGCCGCACGCCAGAGCCAGACGCCUACGAAGCGGACCGCCGCAAAGCGCAGGCUGAUCGCGAGAGAUCCUACCGGAAAGCCAGCGGGUUAUCCCCCGCACCAUCGCGCGAGCGUGAGCGUGAUCGUGACCGGGGACGCGAGAGAGAGAGGGAUCGCGACCGGGAGCGCGACCGAGAUAGGCCCAGCAGCCGUCAUUUGCUUAGCCAUUAUGAGCGUGACAGGCGUGAGAGGGAGGAUGAGCGGGAGAGGCUGUAUCGUUCCCGUGCGGAUCCGAGGGGAAGUCGGGAUGAGUUGGAUUAUGGUGGUGGGGGGAACGGGGAGACGGCUCGUAGUACUACGGGUACGGUUACGAGUGAGCGGAGGAAGAGGAGGGAUAGUGAGACGGAGAGUGUGGGGACUCGAGGGGCGAAGAGGUAUAGGAGGGAUGGGGAUGGGGGGAGGAGGGAGAAGGAGAGGGAGAGGUUGAGGGAGGGUGAGAAGACGCCGGAGAAGGUUGCAGACGUGGUGAGGGAGGAGAGAGCGGUUCAUUCUGGCAGUGAGGAGGGGGAAAUUGAGGAGGAGUGA